AUGGACCAAAAUGAGAGUAAGGUGGAAGUCUCGGACACCGAAGACUCCAUCGAUAUCGAGCGGAUGAUGAACGAGAUACCUCCUACUUUUCGUCCCGAGAUCGGCCAGGUCCGAUUCUGGCACAAGGGUGCGUACUUCUGGAUGUAUGAACGCAGAGACAAGAAGCUCGAGUAUCACGGCAAGGAGGCCCCAGACAAUUGGCUGGACAUUUACUGCUUCAGCUGGAAUCGAAGCACAAAGCCUUUGAAAGACUUGCUCGUGACAAUUUUAAAAGAAGAUGCUGCUCAAAAUUGCGGAAAGACACUCAUAUGGUGCCCCGAGCGGCAAAUGACACCGUAUAGCAGUAUGCCUUACUGGUUGCGGACUCGAUCACGCCUCAGACGGCCACUCAGCACCGUCAUAUUGAACGAGCAGCAGAAAGACACAGUUGUGGACGAUAUCACGAGCUUCCUCUCUCGGUCGGGGGUAAUGUGGCAUAAGGAGAAAGGAUUGCCUCUUCGUUUGGGCUAUCUGUUCAGUGGCCCUCCCGGAACAGGAAAAUCGUCCCUGGCUUUCGCCCUUGCCAGCAACUUUGGUCUUCCUGUCUAUAUGAUCAACCUAUCAUCCCCUGGCUUCAGUGACUCCGACAUAGAGUCACUCUUUUCUAGUGUCCCUCGGCACUGUAUUGUGCUCCUCGAAGACGUCGACGCCACCCAGCCCUUGUCAAGGAACCUCACGGACGCGAAGGGAACUGGCGAGCCAAUGACAGCUUCCGCGGUGCUGCCAUCACCAGAUGAAGAUGAUGAACCGCCAUUUCCGCCACCUCCUAGGAGCAAGCGAUCAAGCGGCAGACGCGGCAACUCGGUUACUUUAAGCGGCCUCCUCAACGCCAUUGACGGGGUCGCUGCGUCGGAAGGCCGCAUCCUGAUAAUGACAACCAACCACAUCGAGAACCUGGACGAGGCACUGAUCCGGACGGGACGCGCCGACCGCAUCGUGACAUUCACCAACGCAACCAAGCAUCAGGCGGGCGAGAUGUUCGUCAACGCCUACACUGGGACGCGCUGGGGCCAGCACAUGUCGCGCGAGGCGGUCCUGCGGCACCCGGAGAUGGAGGAAUGGACCGACGGCGACAUCGAGCGGCUUGCUCGCGAGUUCUCGGCUAAGAUCCGGGAUGAAGAGUUCAGCCCUGCGCUGCUCCAGCAGUACUUUAAGGAUUUCCGGGCGGAGCCACGGCGGGCCGUACGGGAGCUGGAUGCGUGGAUGGAGGACCCCCGCGGGUACCGGAAGCCUUCGCUUAGGCACAACCCUGAUGGGUCUGUGGAUGAGGCGAAAGAGGUGGAGGAGAAGUCGGGCGGAGACAAGGAUAGUCCUGUCGAUCAUCCGACGGGUUCUGAGUAA